AAGUCUUGUAAAUUCGAAUAGUUAACACAACAACAUCGAGUACCAUGGUCUGGAUGUAAUAAGAGAGAUAACCGUAAAUAAUAACAGUUAAGAGUUAUUAAGCCCGUAUCUUUCCAGACAACUAUAUGUAAUACGAGAGUAAUCGUAAAUUAAUUAUCUCAUCUUUCUAGAGCGCCCAAUCGUCUUCUGAACAAAAGACAUCUAGGCCUAUUCCAGAUAUUGCAUGCUGAGUCGGCAUCAUGCUCCCUGAAAUACAUCAUGAGUACUGGUUGAUAUCAAAGUGCAUGAAAAUCUAAGUUAUAAAUAAUCAUCGAGGAGGAUGAAGAUAACUGUUGUUGGGGCAACUGGACAAACCGGUUACCAUGUAGUGCGACUGGCACUGAAAGCUGGUCACCAAGUCCAGGCACUCGUACGUAAUCCAUCCAAGAUGUCACUGCGACACGAGAGAUUGACGGUUUUAAAAGGGAACGUUCUGUCCGAAAACUUUUUAGCCACACACUUUCCUGGUCAAGACGCCGUCAUCUCCUGCCUUAACACUCAUCCCGGAUUAUGCAUCAAAAUAACUUUAUACACCGAUUCCAUUAAUGUUAUCGUCAACGCAAUGAGGCAAGCGGGUGUGAAGCGACUCGUCACGAUGACGUCAUGGUGUACGGGAACUGAUGUUAAAGAUCCGGGUCCAUUCCUUAUGGAAUAUAUUUUAAAACCGUUCUUUCUGAAGAUACUCUUGGAAAAUAUGACGUGCAUGGAAGAAUACUUGAUGAAGGAAUGCCAUGACAUCACCUACACGAUUGUUAGGCCACCGAGAGUCGUCAAAGAUCGCACGUCAGGAAAGGAGUUGAUUGCCCAGGAAC